AUGGAGAGAAGAUUGCUAUCAGUAUUGGACAGUGUGAACUUUGACAUGAUAUCAUCAAUUAGCAAAGAGGAAGCAGAACAAACUUUUCUAAAAUCAAAGGAAUCACACCGCAAGAAGUCGGACAUGCUUUACAAAUCUAAACAAACACAGAGUAGAACUGACAAAGCUCGAUGGAUUGCUAAUAUGUCUGACCACCAACUAACAACAUCUCAGAAAGAAGUUCUCCAACUUGGACUAAACUUUGUGCCAGCACCAACAAAAGUUCCUGUAAGUGACAUCAUGGAGGCAAUAGAAAGUGGGGCAUUGAAGUUACCAACAGAAGCAGCAAACGAACUAAGAGGACGAGUAUGUUCCACCAUAAAACAGAAGAAACCACCGAAACAGAACUUAUCAAAAGAACAAACUGACAAAGGAAACGCUACCGUGCUAUUAUCGAAGACAGAUCAUGAGUCCAAAUUAGAAAAUCUUAUUGCCACACUAACAUACAAACAACUACAGAAAGAUCCAACGGCAACUCAAGAAGACAAACUUAGUCGAAUACUCAAACCGUAUGAGAAGCGAGGAGUGUUUUCUAAACAACUUUACUACAGACUACGACCUUCUGGAUGUCAACCUCCACGUAUCUACGGACUUCCCAAGAUCCACAAACCCUCCACACCACUUAGACCCAUCGUAUCCUGUAUCAACUCACCUUCCUAUGAACUCUCCAAGUAUAUCUCUUCCAUCAUCUCUCCAUUGGCUGGCCAAACUACUCAUCAUAUAAAGAACUCGAGGAAUGUUGUACUAUCAAUGAAGGAUUUCAUUAUUGAUCGUGAUGAAGUCUUGGUUAGUUUUGAUAUUUCUUCUCUUUUCACUAAUGUAGCUAUUGAUGAAGCUUCACAUGUUAUUAAAUCUAUCUUACAACAGGACGACAGUCUUCAGGAGAGAACAUCUCUAUGCCCAGACGACGUCAUAUUAUUACUCAAUACAUGCCUCACACCUACCUAUUUUAGCUACAAGGAUCUAUUCUACCAACAGAAAGAAGGGACAGCUAUGGGAUCACCAGUAUCACCUAUCGUCGCUAACUUAUUUAUGGAAUAUUUUGAGCACGUAGGCCUCACCUCAGCCCCUUAUGUACCUCGUCUAUGGAAAAGAUAUGUGGAUGACAUUUUUUGUAUUAUGAAGAAAUCACAAGUCAAUAGUUUUCUACAACAUCUCAAUAGUAUUCGUCCUUCAAUUAAAUUCAGUAUGGAGUUAGAGACAAAUGGUUCCCUCCCUUUCCUUGACACAUUAUUAUCUAGAAAGGAUGAUGGUCACCUCAACAUCACUGUAUAUAGAAAAUCUACUCAUACCGACCGGUACCUCAAAUUUAACUCCCACCAUCCAGAUCAUGUUAAGAAAGGACUUAUACGUUGUCUAUAUGAUAGAGCCAAGAAUGUCACCAUAUCCCCCAUAGACUUGAAACAAGAACAGCAUCAUCUUCUAUUACAGCACAAUGGAUACCCCGCCAACUUUAUUCAUUCAACUCUACAUCCUUCACAUCAAUCUUCAUCUCUUUCAACUUCUACUCCAGAUACCUUCUGUGCAUCUAUAGUUCUACUCUACAUCUCAGGAUUGAGCGAGGAUAUUUGA